GAGGAGAAUAGAUAGAUGAGGGGCUCACUGGUCCCGGAUUGGUUGUGCUUGUGCAGCUGGGAUAGUCGACGAGGGACUGAGGCAUAAAGAUGAGAUCUGUAGCGGUUGCAAUAAGUAUAUAGAGUUGGAAUUCGCUCUUCUCUAAUUCACAACUCUUAGUCGAAAAUGGAGUACAGGAAAAUCAGGGAUGAGGGUGAUGAUAAGGAGACCGGCAUCGAGGACGUUGAGAGUUUACGUGAAAAAUCGGUUUUGUUGUCCGGUGCAGUCCUAGACAACCGUUUGGCCUCCGUGGGAGAAACCAAAACCGAUAGCCACAGGGCGAAAGCAAAGUGGAAACUCAAGUCAGUUGUUACACUUGCAUUGACUAUUCUUACUAGUUCGCAAGCCAUUCUAAUCGUUUGGUCCAAGAGAGCUGGCAAGUACGAGUAUAGUGUAACCACCGCAAACUUUCUGGUGGAGACUUUAAAAUGUGCUAUAUCCCUUGUGGCCCUUGCAAGAAUAUGGAAAAAGGAAGGUGUCACCGAGGACAAUCGGUUGAGCACCACAUUAGAUGAAGUUAUAGUGUAUCCCAUUCCAGCAGCACUUUACCUUGUCAAAAAUUUGCUUCAGUAUUACAUUUUUGCAUAUGUAGAUGCUCCUGGCUAUCAGAUAUUAAAAAACUUGAAUAUUAUCAGUACAGGUGUUCUCUACCGAAUUAUACUCAAGAAGAGGUUAAGUGAGAUUCAAUGGGCUGCUUUUAUUCUACUGACUGCUGGUUGCACUACAGCCCAGUUGAAUUCAAAGUGUUCCUCAGCACAUUCUCUAGAAUCCUCACAAGACUAUUCUAUUGAUCUAGCAUUGCUUUAUCCAUAUUUUUUGGAUUACUUUCCGACAAUUAGUUUCAGAGACUUUGAAGCAGCAAAACGAGGAAUAUUUGGCAUUGGCGCAUAUCUGAUACUUUCGGUGUUUACGAGACAAUAUUGGCAGGCUAUUAUUAAGAAGCGCCCUUCACGAAACAUAAACGUUCAGAACUUCUGGCUUUAUAUCUUUGGCAUGGGCUUCAAUGCUAUUGCAAUACUGGUUCAAGAUUUUGAUGCUGUGAUGAACAAGGGAUUCCUCCAUGGAUAUUCGCCCAUUACUGUUCUCAUGAUUUUCAAUCAUGCACUCAGUGGAAUUGCUGUAUCGAUGGUGAUGAAGUAUGCUGACAAUAUUGUGAAGGUGUACUCUACUUCGGUGGCAAUGCUUCUUACGGCAGUAGUUUCUGUCUACCUUUUCGGAUUUCAUCUCUCCCUUGCAUUUUUCCUUGGUACAACUGUUGUCUCUGUUGCGAUUUAUCUGCAUUCUGCCGGGAAGAUGCAAAGAUAGCGGUAACUACCACCUGGUUCUUUUGACCCCAUUUCAUAUUCAUACAUUUUCAAAUUGUUAAUUAAAUAUCAUAGUAGUGUAUAUUUUGACGAGUUUAAUUUUCAUGUAUGGACAUUGUAAAACGUUUUACAUAGUCAUGCAAUUACAAUCAUUAUCAUUCACGUAGUAAAUGUAAAAGAGUUAUUUUUGCUAAUGUGACAUUUAUAUGAUUGGAUGCGCCUGUAAAACGAUUUUACACUGAUAGUGUAUUAAAAUUAAAUUCAUAUUUU